AUGGCGACAAAUUACGAAAACAUUAUCAUCGGCUCCGGCCAAUCCGGUACGCCCCUAGCCGUCGCAUUCGCAAAGGCAGGACAAAAAACAGCACUGAUCGAACGCGAGCACGUCGGCGGAUGCUGUAUCAACGAAGGCUGUACACCGACAAAAACGUUAAUCGCAUCAGGUCGAGUCGCUUAUCUAGUUCGUAAGGGACCAGAUUAUGGUAUACAUACGCACACUCCUGAACACAAGACUCACGUGAAUAUGGCGGUGGUCGACAUGCUCAAAGUCCGCCAACGGAAACGCGACAUUGUCACCUCAUUCCGCGGUGGUAGUGAGACUAAGCUUAAAGAUGCUGGUGUGGAUACCCUAGUAGGUGAAGCGACUUUCGUGGACGAGAAAACAAUUCAGUACAAGGAUAGUGGUGGCAACGUGAAGACCGUGCAAGGCCAAAAUAUAUACAUCAAUUCCGGGGCAAGACCUGCACCGCCAUUUCUCGAAGGAGUUGCCUUUCUUGAUCAAAAGAUAGUCUUGGAUUCCACGUCAAUCCAAGAGCUAGAUCAGGUUCCUGGACACCUCGUCGUUAUUGGAGGUGGAUACAUAGGGGUGGAAUUUGCACAAUUGUUUAGCAGAUUAGGCGCAAAAGUCACCAUAAUCCAGCACGGGAAACAAUUGUUGCCACGCGAAGACGAAGAGAUAGCACGCAUACUACAAGACAUCUUUGAAGAGGAUGGACUUACGGUCCUUUUGAACUCUGACCCAGUCAGAAUUGCGCCAUCAUCUACCGGAUUCACUCUUCAUUACCAAGCCAAUAACAGCGACCACGCCAUCGAAGGAACACACAUCCUAUUUGCUACUGGUCGCAUCCCAAAUACAGAUAUGUUGAAACCCGAAGCUGCAGGUGUAAAGACCGACAGAAAAGGAUAUAUUGCAACAAACGAAUAUCUCGAAACAUCAUCUCCUUCUAUCUUCGCAAUGGGCGACGUAAAAGGACCACCAUCAUUCACACAUAUCUCAUACGACGACUUUCGUAUUCUCCGAUCCAACAUAGUUCCAUCAUCAUCGUCGCAAAUGUCUACGAAACUAUCAGUUAAAGACCGUAUAGUGCCAUACGUGGUCUUCACAGAUCCCCAGUUAGCACACGUCGGUUUGCACGAGGGCGAAGCUCGAACAAAGUUCCCGGACAAGAAGAUCCAAAUUGCAAAAAUGCCAAUGGCGUAUGUUGCCCGCGCACUGGAAAUGGGUGAGUCGAGGGGAAUGAUGAAAGCUGUUGUGGAUGGCGAUAGCGGGUUGAUUCUGGGCUUUACAUGUUUGGGUGUUGAAGGUGGUGAGAUUAUGAGUACCGUGGAGGUGGCGAUGAUUGGGGAUGUUCCUUAUCAAAAGUUGAGGGAUGCGAUUUUGGCUCAUCCUACUCUUGCGGAAAGUUUGAAUAAUAUCUGGGGGUUCUUGGAGUGA